CAUCGCUUGUGGUAUCGUUCAACCGUCCCAUGCAAGGGCCAUACUCCUUGAACGCACUGUGAGAACGCACUGUCACUAGAGUUGAAGUUUCCAAGGACAGGCCCACAUCGGUAUCCAAAGACGUGCCUAUCAACUUUGAUAUGAAUCCCCUCGUGUUAUACAUAGAACAGGAUUCGAAUUGAGACUAUGACUGAAGCACAGAAAACUUCAACAAAAACAAAGCAUCGUUGCCUGAGUGGAAAUUUCGCGCCCAUCCAUCGCCAACUUCCAAUAACACCAUGCACAUACACUGGAACUAUCCCUGUCGAGUUCCACGGUGGUCAAUAUGUACGAAAUGGCGGAAACCCGAGCUUCGGUGAUCAUUCAUCAGAGGAUGUCCACAUGUUCGAUGGCGACGGCAUGCUGAGCGGUAUCUGGUUCCAGCUUGAUAACCAGACAAAGACCGCUGAGCCAUGUUUCGUGAACCGGUACAUAUUAACAGAUGUCUAUCUUGGGGCCAAGUCGAUGCCUAAUUUACGAUUGCCUAUACUACCGAGUAUCGCAACAUUGACUCAUCCAUUGAGAUCUACAAUUGGGACAUUUUUCAGGCUUUGCCGAUUUCUGGCCCUCAUAGCGUGGUCUUUUAUCAGCGCCGACAAGCACAAGAUUCGCAAGAUUAGUGUUGCGAAUACGGGUAUUACCUACCAUGAUAACAGAGCGUUGGCAACGUGUCAAACGGGGCCGCCGAUGAGAGUUCAAUUACCCGGUUUGGAUACGAUUGGUUGGUUUAAUGGGGAUUCUGCUGUGAAUGAAGAGGAAGUCUCGAGACAGGAUAAAGAUGCCUUUGGGUGCACUGGACCAUUUGGUUUCCUGAAAGACUGGACGACAGCUCACCCUCAUGUCGAUCCAGUCACAGGGGAUCUCAUCUCAUUCCAAUCAUCUUUCCUACCACCAUUUGUAUGGUACUCUCUAAUUCCCAAAACAACAACUCCCAACUCACAAACACACGCAUUACACGCCCCAGUGCCAGGAGUAUCAAUCCCAAAAUUAAUGCACGACUUCGGAGUUUCCCCAACUCACACCAUAAUCCUGGACCUCCCCAUGACCCUCGAUCCCACGAAUAUGCUCCGAGGCCGACCAAUAAUCCACUACGAUCGAAACUCACCAUCCCGAUUCGGCAUCUUUCCUCGCCGAAAUCCCGAACAAGUCCGCUGGUUUGAGACAGAACCAUGCUUCAUUUUUCAUACCGCCAGUACCUGGGAUGAACCUGCUUCAAAAAUUAAUGAGGACUGCAAAGUUGAAGUUGAAGCUGUUAGUAUGGUUGCUUGUCGAUACACGAAUGGCAACAUGCUUUAUUCCAUGGGUGCUAUCAAGCCGAUUGAGAAGGAGAAUUGUGAUAGUCAGAUAUACUAUUACCGAUUCCUUCUUUCUGACACGAAGAAAAACAUGAUAACACAACAAAUGGCUCUAUCUGCUAUACCAUUCGAAAUGCCAAUCGUUCCGGCGAUUUACGCCAACACCGGUCCAAAGUUCAUUUACGGGUGUUCUUCGCGAGAUGCGAUAUUCGGGGCUGAAACCGGUGAACCGAUGAAAGUUGACUGUCUCGUCAAGAUCGACGUACAGACUUUAAUCAGUCGGGGGAUAGACGAAGACACCCAAUCCAUUGACGGCUGCGUCGACAAAAGAAAUAUUCAAGAGAUAAUAUCCAGCGAAGAUCCAGAAGAUCCGAUCAAAAUCUUCCAAGCUCCGCAGGGAUGGUACGCACAAGAACCCCAGUUCGUUCCGCGAGAGGAUGCAAAGGAGGAAGGUGAUGGGUACCUUUUGACUUUGAUGUUUGAUAAAUCUCAACUAGACGCGGAUGGACAUGCUAGUGAAAACACCAGAAGUGAAUUGUGGAUUAUUGAUGCUCGAGAUAUGAGAACUGUGGUUGCGAAGAUCUUUCUUCCGCAGCGGGUUCCUUAUGGGUUUCAUGGGCAUUGGUUUAGUAGGGAGGAGAUUGAUAAGCAACGACCGUAUGUUCGUUUACGAACGGAAAAGAAAGAAGAGCCGAAGGGAGAAUGAAGCACUUGAAUUUGCGUAUGGAAGGCACAUGUACACCC